UAGGAACAUCGAGACGGGUUGUAUAGACAGAAACAACGAAGGUCCUAGGCAAGUGGUGCGACGAGACGAGUUCUCUGAUUGAGUGGUGAAAAAACAGGAAGUGGGUGGCCCAAAUAUUUAUUACCAUAACCGAACCGCUCGCUUCCUCGGCGAGUACAGUGCUUAGCGUCGUGCGCAGAGUAUAUUUCCUCGCAUGAAAGAUGGUUAUGCGUAGCUCAUGUUUAUCCAGUCAGGUGAUCAAGCACCCGGCUUCUAGGAAGCCUCAACAGACAGUAUUUGUUCCCCUACAAACGCAAAAUGGGCGGCUCGCUCUGUGUGGAUGUCCGAAGCCAUCAGACAACACAUGCCCACGGUAGCGUCACACCCUCCAGAGUAGGGCCAAUUCGUCCAAAAUGCACAGGAAUAGUAUAUAGACGUGCCACGUAAUAGAUAUUGGUGCUGUUUACAG